AGGAAGGGUUAAACCAGGCAGGAUAGCAGUGCAGCAGGGGCAGAACCGAAACCAGCAGCUCACCCACCAGUAUGUCCACCACUGACAUGAGCAUGGGCAAGAUCAUCUUCUACGAGGACAGGAACUUCCAGGGUCGCUCCUAUGAGUGCAUGAGCGACUGUGCUGACAUGUCCUCCUACCUGAGCAGGUGUCACUCCUGCAGGGUGGAGAGCGGCUGCUUCAUGGUCUAUGACCGUCCCAACUACAUGGGAAACCAGUACUUUUUUAAGAGGGGCGAGUAUGCUGACUACAUGAGCAUGACUGGAUGGAGAGACUGCAUCAAGUCUUGCCGUAUGAUCCCCAUGCACAGGGGAUCCUACAGGAUGAAGAUCUACGAGAGGGAGAACUUUGGUGGUCAAAUGCACGAGCUAAUGGAUGACUGUGACUCCAUCAUGGACCGUUACCGUAUGUCUGACUGCAUGUCCUGCCAUGUGAUGGAUGGCCACUGGCUGAUGUACGAGCAGCCUCACUACAGAGGCAAGAUGAUGUACAUGAGGCCUGGAGAGUACAGGAGCUUCAGGGAGAUGGGAUAUGGAGGCACGAGAUUCAUGAGCAUGAGGCGCAUCAUGGAUAUGUGCUAGACAUACUAAUUUUGAAAUAAAAUAAAUAAUAAAUACAAACAAAAA